AUGGUGAAUAAACAAACAGUUAUGAUAAAAAACCGUUUUUUUAUUUUAUUCAUCUAUUUUUUUUUUUUACAGCCAAAAGGUUAGUGAUGAACUUAUCAAAGUACUGAACUAAACAGUACAAAAUUGUUACUAUUAAAAAUUCAACUGUCAGAGCAAGUGGGACCCCAUGAAAGUACUCAAACUGCUAAUAACUACUCUCCACGUGUUCGGUGAGAUUGAAUUUAGGUACCAAUCUUAAAGACAAAAUUACACUAAUUAAAAAAAACCCAAAAUUAAGUUAAAAUAAAAUAAAAAAAAUUGAAAACCUCUUACAGCAGCAAACUGUUCAGUUGGAUGAGAGAGAAAGAGGAAAAGAGUGAGUGAGUGAGAGAGACACAAGAUUUUCUUAUUAACGUCAGCAGAAUCAAAGUAUCUCUUCAUUUCAAGGAGAAGUCACAAAAACUUCAAUUAUCACAUUCACAUUUGUUUUUAGCAUUUCAUUGCAUUAUUAAGAAAACUGUGACUUGGAGCCAUCAGUAGAGUAAGAUCAUAUAUUCAUGCUGCUCCUGUGGGGUUUGUCAAUUGGUCAUAUCGCUCCUGUCUAAAAGUAGAAGACCAAUUUGGGGGCAGCUUUAGUCUUUGCACAUUAAGGAACUUGAGGGGUGAAAAUUUUACAAUUGUCUUGGUAAAUGGUUUCUAUAUAAGUCCCUUCAAGUGAAGGGGUAUGUAAAUUUGUUGGACUUGCAAAGCUCGAAGAGAGCAGCAUUAGUUAGGCAGUUGGAAGUAUAGUUGGAUAUGAGUAUGCUGAAAGGGACAUGCUUGAGCCAAGGCAAGCUGAUAUACCUGCCCUGUUUCUGUUCCUUAUUGUGCUGCCAGUGGUUUUGUACAUCUUACUUGGAAAAUGGAGUGAGGCUUCAAAGAAGAAAGAGAGGGUAAAUUUACUUGUUGAAGAGGCAUUCGUAGAGUCUUUUAGGCCGGAAUCAAUGGCAACUGCUAGUGUUAUUCCUCCUGUUGCACCCUCUCCAACUACUGCUUUUUGGGAGUGUGCCAGAUGCCAUAGCCCGGCUACAACACGCUGCUCAAGAUGCAAGUCUGUCAGAUACUGUUCUGGAAGGUGUCAGAUAAUUCAUUGGAGGCAAGGUCAUAAAGAGCAAUGCCAGCCACCAGAUGAUAUCUACUCUUCUUUUAAGCCUUUUUCAACAGAAGAAAAUGUUGGGAGGGAUUCUUGUCACAAAGUUGCAUAUCAUCAGCUCAAUGACUGUCAAUCACAGCUCACUGAUGCCAGUUCUUCUGGUGCUUCCCCUGCUGAUACUUCAGCUUCUGUGGAUGCUUGUCAGAUAUCAAGACAAGAGAGGAUACCCUUAGAAAAGCGAGGUUCACGCAGAUCCUCUAAGAAAAUGCCGGAUUGCAAAGGUAGAGCAGCAUCUAUCUCCAAUGAUAUGUACUUGAGGAAUGAUUCAGAUCCUUCAAAGGAGGCUUCAACUAGGCAUAAGUUAAAAGGUAGGGAGCCUACGAACUUGGAGGAUGGGCUCAAAAGUCAGACACGAAACUUGUCAUCUUCUACUGAAAGAGGCAUGAAUGUGAAUAAAGGAACUUCAGAGUACAGUUUACCAAUAAGAGAAGCAAUGAACUGUAGUGAAGAAAUUUCAAAGAGAAACACUUUCUCUCAAACGUUCUCAAACUGCGAGAACAUCAAGUCAAAAAGUGCAGCAGACUCUAAAUAUGUCAAAUCUGAUUCUGGAAAGUCAAUACCUAAAGUAGCAAGAGAUCAAGCACACUUGGAAAAAGUGAGGAAGGGACAUGGAUCUGGUGAACCAGCUCCUAAAAUGGGCAAUUUCACCUCCUCACAUGAAACCAAUUGUAUCACAAGCAUCAGGUCAACGAAAUCUGUUGGCCUCAAAAAGUUAUCAAAGAUGUCCAGAAAAGCUACCUCUGAAAUGGACGUUGGUAGUUGUAAGAGAGUGAAGGUGCUGUUCCCUUUUGAAAAGUUCUCAAAGUUCUUUGAAGUUGAGGUGUUUGACUUGAUACCUAGAGGUCUUCUAAAUUGCGGAAACAGUUGCUAUGCAAAUGCUGUGCUGCAGUGUUUAACCUGCACAAAACCUCUUGUUGUCUACCUUCUGAGCCGAGCACAUUCAAGAACCUGCUCCCUCAAUAAUUGGUGCUUGAUGUGUGAGCUUGAGCAACAUGUGCAUAUGCUAAGAGACACUGCAGGGCCUUUGUCUCCAAGCAAUAUUUUGUCGCACAUACGGAGUAUAAAUUGCCAGAUAGGUGAUGGAAGUCAAGAAGAUGCACACGAAUUUUUAAGGCUUCUAGUUGCAUCAAUGCAAUCAAUAUGUCUAGAGGAAGCCGGUGGUGAGAAUCAGGUUCACCCCAUUUUGCAGGAAACAACAUUUGUUCAACAGACAUUUGGUGGGCGCCUUAAAUCAAUGGUAGUGUGUUUGAGAUGUCGCCAUGAAUCAGAACGAUAUGAGAACAUAAUGGAUCUGACAUUAGAAAUCUUUGGAUGGGUUGAAUCACUGGAAGAUGCACUGACUCAGUUCACUAAUCCUGAAGAUUUAGAUGGAGAGAACAUGUACAGAUGUGGAAGGUGUGCUUCUUACGUGCGGGCUAGAAAGCAGUUGAGCAUUGAUGAGGCUCCCAACAUUCUUACGAUUGUCUUAAAGAGGUUUCAGGAAGGAAAUUAUGGCAAGAUAAACAAAUGCAUUACUUUUCCCGAGAUGCUGGACAUGGUCCCAUUUAUGACAGGCUCAAAUGACUGCCCUCUGCUUUACAUGCUUUAUGGCGUGGUUGUGCAUGUGGAUACGUUAAAUGCAUCAUUUUCUGGACACUAUGUAUCUUAUGUGAAGGAUCUGCAGGAAAAUUGGUACAGGAUAGAUGAUACAGUGGUUCAUCCAGUGUCCAUGAGCCAGGUGAUGUCAGAAGGAGCAUAUAUCUUGUUCUACAUGAGGUCUUUUCCUCGACCACCAAGAGCCUAUAUAAAGAAUGCUAGAAAGCAGCAAGUUGUCAAGUCUUCAAGAUCCUGUAUCACCAAAACCCAUAAUUCUUCCAAAGUAGGACUAGAUGUUCCCCGGUCCAACAAUAGAUAUAAUCAAGCCGUUGAAAUGCAUGCGGAUCAUCCCGAAUUAUUUUCUGAUGCUACAACCAGUGAUUGGUCCCUUUUCACUAGUUCAGAUGAAGCAUCUUUCACCAGUGAAAGUACACGAGAUUCAUUCAGUACCGCUGAUUAUUCUGAUAAUGGCAAUGUUGAAUCAUUUUCCUCAAUGUUCGGCAUUCACUCUACUCGUGUGCGUCCCACUCAAAGAAUGGUUUCUUGUAGCAUGUUUUCAGGGAGCAAGCCAGUGACAAGAUAUGUUUCCGAGCAGACAGGGUAUAUUUUGGAUUCAGACCAUGCAAUGUAUCCUCUUGAAAAUAUGCAGAAAGGAAACAUGAGACAGGUUAGCGGUCCUUUUAGUGAAGCUUUUCUGUCUGACAGUGAGUACCAAAAUUUUGUAAAUUAUGAGAGUACGGCAAGUGAUAGUUUUAUUCAGACUUUUACGAAUGUUCAACUCUGAUAAUAUGAUUUUUAAUGUAGCAGUCGAUAGGUUUUAGCCUCGUAGGAACUGUGCUCCGAUUUUUGUCCAUUUUCAAUUUACUUGUUGAAUGGGGGCAACUGUUAAUAUUGUAGUAUCGAAGAUACUUGGGCUUAUUAUCGCGAUUAAUGACAAAAAUGUCAAUUUUUAGCUAAUCGCAUGCAUUGGCAUAUUCUACUGACUGAUGGUGCUUGAUUGCUUGU